AUGGAAUUUAUUCGGUUGAUAACUUAUUAUUUACUUAUAUUUAUAUUUUUUUGUACUUCCAUUCAAUCCCUGAACGCGACAAUCAAAUGUCAUGAACUGAACAAAUACCAAUUCCAAUGUAAAAACUAUGCAGUUGAUCCGAAGACUCAGCAAUCUAUAACGUGCGCACCGGAUAAUUCUGUGCAAAUAAUGUGUGAAACACCAGCUUAUAUCGAUUGCAUAGGGAAAGAUCAAUUUGGUUUCUUCAAUAUGACCAUUGAAAAUGGAUGCAGUUACGGAGCACAUUUAAAGUAUUCAACAGCACUUCUGCUCUCAAUUUUCUUCGGAAUUUUUGGGCUUGAUCGGAUUUACUUGGGAUAUUAUGCUAUUGGAGUAUUCAAAAUGUUCUCAUUUGGUGGUUUACUUAUCCUAUGGCUCGUUGAUGUGAUUUUGAUAGCAUUGCAACUUCUUGGCCCAGCAGAUGGAACCUCAUUUUUCAUGGCAUAUUAUGGACCAAAAAUAUCUACGAAUAUGAAUGCAGAAGCACAGAUGCAACAAGUAGCUGAGUUAGAGGUUGAAAUGAUGUCGGAUAUGUACAAGAAAAUGACGAACUCUUGCCAAAGCAAAUGUAUUUCCACAGCAUUUAAAGAGUCGGAAUUGACAAAAGGAGAAGCUGUUUGUCUUGAUCGCUGUGUUGCAAAGUACCUCGACGUUCACGAGAAAUUGGGAAAACGUUUGACGUCAAUGUCUCAGGGAGAUGAAGCUGCGCUUCAAAAAAUGGCCCAAUAG